UCCCGUUAGCGGUGAAGGUGCAACAGUAACUCGGUCGUCCCGAUCCCGGGUUCAUCCGACACCCUCACCAACGAAGCUGAACUGAGCUCUACACAGCGGCAACAUGCCUCCCAAAUUCGACCCCAACGAGAUUAAGAUUGUGUACAUGAGAUGUACAGGAGGAGAAGUUGGAGCCACCUCAGCACUGGCCCCCAAGAUCGGACCUCUGGGUUUGUCUCCCAAGAAAGUUGGUGACGACAUCGCCAAGGCAACCGGUGACUGGAAGGGCCUGAGGAUCACCGUGAGGCUGACCAUCCAGAACAGACAGGCAGUGGUGGAUGUCGUUCCCUCUGCGUCCGCUCUGAUCAUCAAGGCUCUGAAGGAGCCGCCUCGUGACAGGAAGAAGGUCAAGAACAUAAAGCACAGUGGAAGCGUCACCUUUGACGAGAUUUUGACCGUUGCUCGCACGAUGAGGUCUCGCUCCAUCGCCAGAGAGCUCUCCGGAACCAUCAAAGAGAUUCUGGGUACCGCUCAGUCCGUCGGCUGCACCAUCGAUGGCCGUCCUCCCCACGAUGUCAUCGAUGACAUCAAAAGUGGGAAAAUCGAGUGUCCGUCAGAGUAAAGAAAGAUGCCAAUAAAAUUUUCACAGACUGAA